AUCCAUCGGCGGUCGUUAAUCCCGACCAAUGUAACGAGUUACAGCAUUUGAGAUUUGGUUGUUUUGGUUCUGGUAAACCCAGCGGUCUCCCAUCACAGUUCUUGAAUGAAGACUCAGAAGAUAUAUCCGAUUUUAGAGACAGUGGCUCGCAGUUGUUGUCCAAAGAUCCAUCGGUGCCUGUUAAUUCAGACCAAUGUAUUAUUAACCAGUUAGAGCAUUUGAGAUUUGGUUGUUUUUCUGGGAUAAAUGGAUCUGGCAAACCCAGCGGUCUCCCAUCAAAGUUCUUGAAUAAUGACUCAGAAGAUAUAUCUGAUUCUGCAGAUGAUAUGUCCCACAAAAACCUGAACCCAAAAGAUAGUUUUCAGCAAGGUAAUAAGAGCAAAGGAGAUAAGAAGAAAGAGAAUGUCUCAAAUGGUGAAACUAAGAGCGUGCCAAUAAGCUCGGGUGAAGCAGUUACUUCGUUAUCUGUACCAUCUUCUAGGUAUCAAUCUGCUUGGGGUUUUGAUACCUAUUGCCAGGAAACAGUGGCUGAUGUUGUCCAGAUGGGUUUAGCUUCAUCACAAGAGAAUGUAACAAAUGCACUUGAGAAGAAGCCAGAUGUUCCUAAUCCACUCUCUAACUCAUUUAGUGAGUCUACUGCUAAAAGAGAUCAACUUCAGGAGUCUGCUUUCAUAUCCAACCAGAACUUUGGCGAUGACAUUGACGACUAUGGAGGCUCACGGUUGUUUCGUGACAAGUGCAAUAACAAAAAUGAUGAUGAGACUUACCAAGAGCAAAGACGUUCAUUUGAGCACAAUCAAACCAAAGAUCCAUCGGCGUCUGUUCAGACCAAGUUAAUCCAGUCUGCAGCAUUUGUUAAAGAGUUACUGCAAUUUCACGGAGAUGAUUUCACAUUUGAUAAUAGUCAGCUGUUCACUCCUGUGAUGGCUCCUUCAGAACGAAGUCUUCAGAUGCAAAAUGCUAAUACCUUCCCCAACGCUAUGCAUCAACAAGCAUACACGAGGGAACUGAAUCCAUGGUACUCGGCUUCUCCAAUCAAUCAGUCAAUGCCUACUGCAUCUUCACUUGGUCGUAGGCUAUCAGUUUCCAGGACCGAGAUGAAUCAACAAACCAUGAACCACCACCUUUACUCUCAGCCUAAUGUUCCUUCAGGGCAUUAUGGUCAUAUGAUGAACUAUCCUUGCCCUCUGCCAAUACAGAAUGAUACCUACGACAUGCCAACACCAGCAUUUCCGCAACAUGGUGGUAGUAACAACAACGCCUACCAUCAGCACUCUUUAGUUCCUCUGUACAGAACCAGUGAUCUGCGUCAACCAGCUGUCACUCCUGUUCCUUCCACCCGCAGUUCUGCUUACGGUUCCACUAAUGAUUCGGCUUACGAUUCUGCUUACGGUUUUGGCAACCACUUGUCAUCACUUCAGCAUCAGAAUGGGAACUCGAACAUGUGGAUUCCUGAAGGACACAACGACUCAGGAAGGAAUUAUUGCAGCAGCGUAUUCCCGGGUCAGCAGUCACUGAGUUUCAGACAUAACCAACAACAAGUAGAACCAGAGGAGCCUUAUAGAUUUGAAAGAAGCAGACGUUACUAUGCAUCUCUGGACCAACAAAACAAUAGAAGAGGAGACCCAUCUAACCAAACCCAACAACAGCAACCGCCAAGAAACAACAACUAAUCAUAAGAAUCGACCAAUCAAAGCUUCUUACACUUCUGAUACGUUUUAC